CUCAGCCCAGGUCCGAAGCUUUGAAGAAAAAACAGAACGAAGAGUGCGGAAGACCGAAGACGCCAAGACGGGGAAGAGAAAGCUGAAAGCGCCGACGAGUCGAGUCAGUCGACGACCGCCGCCGCCCGCCAGCCAGCGCCAGGCUCCAGCCUUCCACGACCGCAACACGCAUCCACGCCACGCCUCCAACCUCCAGGACCCCGACCGCACUGUCCGUACGCACGACGCCCUCACGCAGUCACGCCCUACCAAUCCGGGCUGUCCGUCAGUCCACUUUUCACGCUAGGACGCUACCCGCAGUAACCUUCCUGCAGGUUCAUUUUUUAAUUAGAGCGUAAAGCUUCAGUAUGGGAAAAGCCAGGCCACGUGAAGAUGCGUCCACACGAGCUGACCGCAAAUUCGAGAAGAAAGUGCAAUUUUAUACCAAGGUUAAGGAAACGGUCGCUUCCUUGAGUGCACAGAAGUCCAUCACUAAGAAGUCAAAGGCCCAAAGGAAGAAAAAGAAGUUGCUGGCAUAUGAUCUAUCUUCUCUUUCAGAGUUCCUCCCUGGUUUGGAGGCUCCUAAGCAACCACCAAAACGAACAGAACUUAAGUUAAACAGUAAAAACAGGCAAAAGCUAGUGGUGAAGGAAGGCAUUCAAUUGCAGGCUGUUAUUAAACAUCCCGCUUUCCAAUCGAAUCCAAUGCAAGCCAUUUUUCAACAUUUGCAGAGCACGCUUCCUCUAGAAGAUAAGAAACCGAAACAGGUUUACUAAAAAAGAGAAGCAGUAAAGGGAAAAAGAAAAAAUCCAAGCCUCAGUUAAUGGAGACAUGAUUUAGCUAUGAGUUCUUUUUUUCCGCGCAAUGAAUCCUUUUUGCUUGUAUUCUGUGUCCAGAUUAGACCUCUAGAAUUUUCGGGUCUUCUGUUUUUUUUUUUGGAAUUUUCAUCUAUAUGCCAAGUGAAAAGUUUGUGUCUUGCGUCGGGAAAAACAGAUUUGAUAGCGGCUGCCAUGGAAAAUGACUAGUCUGUCAUGGAAGUGAUGGGGUGUUUACCAUUCAUAGAUUUCAGGAAAGUUUGAAAUAACCAAACAAAAGAUUCCACAUUCUCCUUCAACAUAAAGCCACAACCAAACAUUAUGUUUUUACGGUGAUGAUUCAUACCAACAAAAGGAUCAUAGAUCAUGUCAUACUUGUUAGUCCUGUAAGUUG